UACAAAAUAAAUAUGGCGGAGGCAUUUUAGAUUUAUGGACUUAAACUAAUUGUCGGCAAAAAUCACUUUUUAGUGAUUAAGGCUAUACCAAUCUCAAUAAUAUUUAUUACUAAGUGUCUAGUGAAAAAUUGGUUUGAUUUUCAUCAGUUUCAAAUAGUUUUCAGCGAAAAUGUACGACGAUAGACGCGGAGGGCGCGGCGGUGGACGUGGUGGUCCCAGGGGCGGUCGUGGAGGCAGGGGUGGGUCUAGAGGAGGUCGUUCUAGUGAUCGGUCUCAAGACAGGGGAAACAGAUUCGGCGGCAGCCGUGGGGGACGAGAUGGUGGUAGGGGAGGCAGUCGAGGAUUCGGUGGACGCGAUCGAGGUGGCCGAGACGGCAGGGAUGAUUUCCGCAGCAAUUUCAAGAACGAACAACCAGGUGGAGCGCUUCGUAAAAUUCGCUGGGAUACAAUAACGCUUACUCCAUUUCAAAAGAAUUUCUACAAUCCUCACCCCAAUGUUCAAAUGCGCUCAAUGGCGGAAGUGGAAGCUUAUAGAAGCCAGCACCAGAUUACAGUUAAAGGUCGUGAUGUUCCUCCACCAAGUGUAUAUUUUGAAGAGGGUGGCUUCCCUGAUUAUGCAAUGAAAGAGAUUCUAAAGCAAGGCUUUCCACAUCCUACACCAAUUCAAGCUCAAGGUUGGCCAAUUGCUUUGUCUGGAAGAGACAUGGUUGGCAUUGCACAGACGGGUUCAGGAAAGACUCUUGCAUACAUUUUACCAGCUAUUGUCCACAUUAUUAACCAGCCAAGAUUACUAAGGGAUGAGGGACCAAUUGUUCUAGUCCUAGCUCCUACUAGGGAGCUUGCGCAGCAAAUUCAACAGGCUUUGGUAUCCAUGAAUGGGGACACAGUUGACCGAGACAGAAUGCCAGGCCCCAUGGACGUUGUGGCAACAGAUUUUGGUCAAAAUGUUCAAGUGCGCAAUACCUGUAUAUUUGGUGGAGCUCCAAAGGGGCCUCAGGGCAGAAUGUUGGAACGGGGAGUUGAGAUUGUCAUUGCAACACCAGGAAGACUUAUUGAUUUCUUGGAGAAAAAUACAACAAAUCUACAUCGCUGUACCUAUCUGGUGUUGGAUGAAGCAGAUAGGAUGUUGGACAUGGGUUUUGAGCCUCAGAUAAGAAAGAUCAUUGAGCAAAUACGGCCUGACAGACAGGUUCUGAUGUGGUCCGCAACAUGGCCUAAAGAGGUUCAAAACUUAGCUGAAGAAUUCCUCGUAGAUUACAUACAGAUCAAUAUUGGUUCACUUUCUUUAUCCGCUAACCACAACAUUCUACAAAUCGUCGAUGUCUGUGAGGAAUGGGAGAAAAAUGAUAAACUGCUUACACUACUUAAUGAGAUUUCAUCAGAAGAGGAGACCAAAACCAUCAUAUUUGCAGAAACAAAGAGAAAGGUUGACGACAUAACAAAAACCAUCAACCGGGCGGGUUGGCACGCGCUCGCCAUUCACGGCGAUAAAAACCAACAGGACAGGGAUUACGUUUUAGGACAAUUCAGGCAAAACCCGGGUGCGAUAUUAGUCGCUACCGAUGUAGCGGCUAGAGGACUUGACGUCGAGGAUGUGAAGUUCGUGAUAAACUACGACUAUCCAAACAAUUCUGAGGACUACGUGCACAGAAUCGGACGUACGGGACGCUCGCACAACACCGGAACAGCGUACACGCUCUUCACGCCUAAUAAUUCCGCCAAGGCGAAGGACCUAAUGUCAGUGUUGUCAGAAGCAAAUCAAGUGGUAAACCCUAGAUUGAUGGAACUGGCGCAGUGCGGCACAGGUUUCAAAGGAAAGGGAUUCAGUCGUGGCGGCAGUCGGUACCGUGACCGUGAUAGUGACUCUGGGCGCGGUCGCGGCAGAGGAAGGGACGGAGGCAGGGGGAGCAGGGGAGGUAGACCGGAGACCAGAGGCUCAAGAUGGGACAAUAACGACUCGAAUGGCCAAUCCGGCUUCAACAGGGAAGACGGUUUUCAGCGCCAGAGUUUUGGACGUGACCAGAGCCGUGAGUCAUUCCGCGGGCGUGGCAGGGGGCGCGGUCGCGGAGGGUUCGGUCAGGGCUUCGACCAGGGACAGCAGGGCUUCCCCGAUCAGACGCAAGGAUACCAGCCGAGUAGCUAUUAUAAUAUGUAUGGGCAGCAGCAGGCUCAAUAGAUACGAAGAGAGAUGUUUAAAAAAUUGCCAAACGAAGUCCCAAACGGUGAGGACAUAUUGGUUUCAUUUAUAAAUUGACUAUGAAUAUGGAGAAAGGUACCAGCUGGUGUGUUCUCCAAAAUGGAUCCAAUUCAAGGAAUAUCUAUCCCUUAUCCACUCUAGGCUCGGCCUAUAAUAUAAUGCAAUGUAAAAAGAUUUAAAUGAUAACAAUGUCUCUAUUAAAUAUACAUGUGAUGUACGGGAUCUGUAUUGAUGCCAAAAUAUUGAUCAUUUCGUAGAUGUGUAAGUUGGACUUUUAUGAAGAGAUAGCAAUACCCAAGCUGGCGAAUAUUAUUUCUUGUGUAUCACAUUAGUGACAGCGUUCAAAACUCGAUUGUUUCUUUAGAUUCAUAGUAGAAUAUGGGCCUAGUGUAGUUUUAUUUAGCACUCGUUUAUGAAGGAAUUUAACUUUUUUUUAACAUAGGGUUAAUUAGCUACUGUAGAUGUCAAUUUUGAAUUCUCACAUUAACCGUGUAAUAGACAUUCCUGCUGACUCAGUAUUGAUAAUGUGCAAUUAUAUUAAUUAUACCGUAA